AUGAAGAGCGUGAUAUUUGCACUACUAAUUGUUUUAUAUACAAAUGGAUAUUAUUGUGUUGUAGACAACACUGAAAAGAAGAAUGAAUGUCUUUUAAAGAAUAAAGAUGGACAAUAUGAAGUGGUGGUAGAAGAGUUGCAAAUAGAAAGUCAGAAUACACUUUUUUUGAAAAUAAGUAAACAUCUCUUAGGAAAAGAUGUCAAAAUUUCAAUGAAAGGAAAAGGUCCUUUUAUUUUAAAUUCGAAAGAGGUUAUUAAAGGGAACAUCGAAUUGGAUAUCAACCCUUUAACAAUGAUGUAUUUCUUAUAUUACGGAGGUAAUAUAAAUGUUAUAUCAAAAUCAAAAAUCAAUCUUGGGGUUGUUUACUUAAAUACCACAAAAGAAUUUCUUGUUAAAUCAAAUACAGUCGAAUUUAAAAUUCUUACAUUUAAUGAAUUAUCACAAGUGUUAUCACAUCCGAAAAUGAGCGCAAAAAGUACUUUAUUAACAAAAAUGAUCGAUUUCUUCUACUCAAAAAACAAACAACCGAUUGACCAAAUUUUUGAAAUUCUAGAAAGUGGACUCCCACAACUUCAUUUCAAUAUUUUUGAAAAGAAAUUGUCUGAACUCAAUAGCCAAAUUCAAAAAGCAAAUAUUUCAAAAAUUUCGUCUCAAUUGAGAUGUAAAAGUUGUAUUUUUUGGUUUAGGUUUAAAAUGUCUGCUUCAAAUGCACUUGGACUGACAUCUGCAACAGAUUUUUGUGAUAUGUCUUUUGUCCCAACAACACUCUGCAAAAUCACAAUUCAGACUUCACACUCUUUGUCUUCAAAAUAUUUCUAUGAUGAGAAAAAAGCAGAAGAAAAGUACUGCAAAAAUUAUUGUUGA